AUGGAGUACCUUCCUGUGGUCCGUUUCACAUGGCAUGGACUCUAUUCAAUACCUAUGCACUCCACAAACACACUUCACAAAACCGUUUACAACAUGGUUGAGUUCCCAUCCAGUACCUUCCUGUGUAGUGCUUGGAAGUCCAGUCCCAAGACUGCAAAAAGACCGCAACUGGACUGGACCAAGACUGCAAAAGACUGGACCUGCAGUCUUGGUCUUUCAGAUUUGAGAUCACAAGACUGCAAAAAGACCGGUAUUUUGUACCUACAUAAUAACCCUUCAAAACACACCUAA